AUGAUUAGUAGUUUAUGCAAAUUAUUUGUACAAUUUAUUUUAGAAAAUUAUCAGAAUCGUCUGAUUUUCUACAAUGUUUGGAAUAUUGUUCGACACGAAAUGAAAACAUAUAACUUAUUUAAAAGUGGAUCAAAUCAAAUACAUAUUAUCCGCCGUGAACGUUAUUCAACAAGACUCUAUUUAUUUCUUUUAUCUAUCAGUAUAUUGAUCAUAAUUAUUUAUACGAUUUCAUCGAAAGAAAUUAUUAAUCAAACAAUCGAAAGACCUAGUCAAGCAACAUACGAAAAAUUAAUGGAAUCAUAUGCCUCCAAAUUGCAGUGUCCAUGUUCACAGAUAUCGAUGAGUUAUGAUCAAGUUAUGACAAUGAAUGUUAUAUUUCAUCAAGUUUGUUCAAGUGAUUUCGUGACUGAUCCGUGGCUUAAUUUUUUGUUUAGCAACAGCUAUUGGUUUGUUUAUGAAAGAGCUGACAUUCGCGUACGAGGCUCGGCAUAUUUCAAUUUUCUAUCAACAUUGUGCAAGCUUGCAACAUCAAUUAUUCAAAAUGCUAUUUGGCAGUUUCUUUCAGAACAAUUUAUAAAUGUUAAUUUGAUACCCGAAAGUUUGUUCCACGUGCAGAUGAAUGUGGCUAUUAACGAAUUUCUUAGACUCAAUCCUGCUCGAUUAGCUCAUAUUUUAGAACUUUCACAAGGCAUUGUACACGGGAAUACUUUUGUAUCCAGUUAUUUAUUGAAUUGGCAUUGGUCAUUAUAUAAUAAUAAUAGAAAUCAAACCAUGACUCGAGCACAUGCCAUAACAUUGAAUAAUUCAUGUUCGUGUGGAACACGAAGAUAUUGUGUUCAACCUGGAGGUAUUUAUUCCUCAACUAUGAAUAAUUCAUAUUGGAUGAUGCCUGGACUCAAUAUAGGCUGUUCAGUUGUUGAAACAUUGUUACGUUCAACACUCGAAUGUUUGUACAAUCAAACAUGCAUUGAUCUGUUACAAUUAUAUAUUGGCAAAAUUCCAACACUUUUCCCAAAUAUCAUCAAUUUAACAGCUAUGGAUCCUAUGUUACCAAGCCGUUUUAUGACGAACAUUACGAUUCAUGAUCUUGCCAAUGAGCUCUUUAUUGAGGAAGUUCAAUAUCAGACGUCCUAUUUGGAAUUCUAUGAAAGAUGUGCUCCAAACUAUUGCUCGUACAUAUUCGAAAAACGGAGCAAUUUUUUAAUCAUUAUUUCACAAAUUUUAGCUCUAUGGGGUGGGCUCACUCUAAGCUUCGGAUUUCUUGCUCCAUGUAUUGUUCAAUUAUUAUUCAAAAUCAAUGUUUACCGUCAAAAUAACAGAGUUAAUAUUGUCGCUUAA